CCGUGAGGCACAGUAUGCUCGGAGGUCGUCAUCUGAGCGCGGAACGUGAUAAGUAGGGCGGGCGGGGCGCGUUGCUUACGUCAGGCGCCGCACGCUCCAUUUGAGGUUCCGCCAGACUCCGCAGUGUAUGGUGGUGGCGGAGACCCCGGUAGCGUUUCCUCUACACGACGUCCAUCACUGCACGACUGCUAUCGCUCUCCCAUAAGGCUUUCGCUCUUCAGUCUUUGCAUCCGCUCGCCAGAGCGCUGCGCUCUUCUCCUUUCUGCACUUCCUGUGUGAAUCAAGGCCAUCAUCAUGUUGCCCGCUCAGCGUAACAAGGUCGACAUCAGCAAACUGACGGAAGAGGAACAGAAGCUCUUCCGUCUGUACGGCAAGCUCCCCACGCAGAAGAAGAAUAUCAUUUCGGCGAUGCAGAAGGAUCGCAAGUAUUUUGAUUCCGGAGAUUACGCUCUUUCCAAGGCCGGCGUUGCGCCCCAGAACGCUGUCGGGACCGCCAUCCCCAACCCCGAGAAUAUUCCGCAUGCGUCGUCCCCUCCAGUCAACCACAACCCCCUUUCUGUCUCGCCCACAAACUCUGCUAUGAGCCCAGCAAAGGAGAGCCCGCUCGCGGAGCCCGAGACGGCGGCUUCGGUUCCAGAUGCACCGGAAACUGAGGAGUCUGAGAACCAACCGGAGUUGGACGAGACGGAGGUUGAGAAACCGGCGGAGGACAACGCAGAAUGAAGGAUACAGUCUGGACCGUAGUCCAUAUGCAAACGUGGACUGGGACGCCUGAUGACCCCUACCCGCCGGUGCUGGGAUGCAGCUGUUUGGUUCGAAUAUACGCGAGACCCCCACUGUAUACGCGUUUGUUUAUCGGAUCCCGGAUUCCUGUUGUACUAGUAUCAAGCACGCAUCCGAAUUUAUUAGUCCUUGGAUGA